UUGUUGUUGGACCGCAUCACUCGCGAAUUUACGAUGAAAAUGACCACGAAACCGGCUCUGGUCCUCGAUAAUGGAGCAUUUUUCGCCAAAAUUGGUCUUUGCACGGCUGCCAGUCCCAAAGUUUUUCCAAAUUGCAUCAUGAAAGCCAAAUCGGAACGUCGUCGUGCCUUCAUCGGAGGCCAAGUGAGUGAAUGUCGCGACGCAUCCGGUCUUUACUACAUUCUCAGCUUCCAACGCGGUUUCCUCAUCAAUUUUGACAUCCAGAAAACGUUGUGGGACUACAUGUUCAGCAACGAUUGUUGUCCCGUGCCGCUGCCAGAAACGCCGGUAAUCAUCACAGAGCCCGUCUACAACUUUCAUUCCAUCCAAGAAGCCGUGACGGAAAUAUUUUUCGAAGAAUACGAAGUUGAGCAUUUGAUGAAAGCCACGGGACCUGAUCUGGCAGCUUAUAAUUACACAAAUGACCCGGCAAACGAGUCGCCAAAGUGUUGUUUGGUCAUCGAAUGCGGCUACAGCUUCACCCAUAUCGUGCCAAUUGUCAAGGGAGAGAAACAGAAGAAAGCCAUCAUCCGCAUUGACGUCGGCGGAAAAAUCCUGACAAAUCACCUGAAGGAAAUUAUCUCGUAUCGCCAGUUAAAUGUCAUGGACGAAACGUAUGUCAUCAAUCAAGUGAAGGAAGACAGUUGCUUUGUGUCGCAAGAUUUCAAUGCCGACAUGGAAAUCGCUCGAAAACGCUAUCCCGAGAACACAAUUGUGCGGGAAUACGUACUGCCCGAUUUCACGACACUCCAGCGGGGAAUCCUGCGUGAACCAACGAAGAAGCAGGACGAAGACUACCAAACGCUGAAAGUGAAUAACGAGCGAUUUGCUAUUCCGGAAAUUCUGUUUCAUCCGUCGGACAUUGGAAUUAAUCAAAUGGGAAUUGCGGAGGCGGCAAUGCAUUCCGUAAAUUUGUGUCCCGAAGAAGUGAGACCGCAUUUACUAGCAAAUAUCGUACUAUGUGGAGGCUCUUGCUUGUUUGAAGGAUUAAAAAGUCGCUUGUUCCGGGAAAUAAGGGCAUUGGCACCGGAUGAGUAUGAUGUUCAAAUAACGCUUUCAAAAGAUCCUACUACGUAUGCAUGGCACGGAGGAAAAAUGUUGGCAAAAUCGGAUGACUUUUUGGAGAAAUGCAUUUCGAGGAAGGAAUACGAGGAGCAUGGCAGCAAAAUAUGCCUAGAAAAAUUUGAUAUUUGAAUAAAAUGAGUGAAGUUAGGAUUUUAAAAUAUAAAAAAGCAAAUGGGACUGUAAAAAGUUUUUAAAAUUAGGAAAA